GGAGACGUGGCUUGGGUCCGCCAUCUUGGCAAGAGGCGAAGCGGCGGAGGCUCCUGUCAGGGGCAGCAGGACCGGAGCGGCCGGUGCUCCGCUUCCUUGGGCCACAGCCCGAGCCCCAGCGGAGCCAGAGCGUGGUGCGCCCCACCUGCGGCCUCACCAUGGUGCUGUUGGCAGCAGCAGUCUGCACGAAAGCAGGAAAGGCUAUUGUUUCUCGACAGUUUGUGGAGAUGACCCGCACUCGGAUUGAGGGUUUACUAGCAGCUUUUCCAAAACUCAUGAACACUGGAAAACAACAUACUUUUGUUGAAACAGAGAGUGUAAGAUAUGUCUACCAACCUAUGGAGAAACUGUACAUGGUAUUGAUCACUACCAAAAACAGCAAUAUUUUAGAAGAUUUGGAGACUUUAAGGCUCUUCUCAAGAGUGAUUCCUGAAUAUUGCCGUGCUUUAGAAGAAAAUGAAAUAUCUGAGCACUGUUUUGAUUUGAUUUUUGCUUUUGAUGAAAUUGUUGCCCUGGGAUACCGGGAGAAUGUUAACUUGGCACAGAUCAGAACCUUCACAGAAAUGGAUUCUCAUGAGGAGAAAGUGUUCAGAGCAGUCAGAGAGACUCAAGAACGUGAAGCUAAAGCUGAGAUGCGGCGUAAAGCAAAGGAAUUACAACAGGCCCGAAGAGAUGCAGAGAGACAGGGCAAAAAAGCACCAGGAUUUGGGGGAUUUGGUAGUUCUGCAGUAUCUGGAGGCAGCACAGCAGCCAUGAUCACAGAGACUAUCAUUGAAACUGAUAAACCAAAAGUGGCACCUGCACCAGCCAGACCUUCAGGCCCCAGCAAGGCUUUGAAACUUGGAGCCAAAGGAAAGGAAGUAGAUAACUUUGUGGACAAAUUGAAAUCUGAAGGUGAAACUAUUAUGUCUUCUAAUAUAGGGAAACGUACCUCGGAAGCAACCAAAGUGCAUGCUCCGCCCAUUAAUAUGGAAAGUGUGCAUAUGAAGAUUGAAGAAAAGAUCACAUUAACCUGUGGGAGAGAUGGAGGAUUACAGAAUAUGGAGUUGCAUGGCAUGAUCAUGCUUAGAAUCUCAGAUGACAAAUUUGGCCGGAUUCGUCUUCAUGUAGAAAAUGAAGAUAAGAAAGGGGUGCAGCUACAGACCCAUCCAAAUGUGGAUAAGAAGCUUUUCACUGCAGAGUCUCUCAUUGGCUUGAAAAACCCAGAGAAGUCAUUUCCAGUCAACAGUGAUGUAGGGGUACUAAAGUGGAGACUACAGACAACAGAAGAAUCUUUUAUUCCCUUGACAAUUAAUUGCUGGCCUUCUGAAAGUGGAAAUGGUUGUGAUGUCAACAUAGAAUAUGAACUACAGGAAGACAAUUUAGAGCUCAAUGAUGUGGUCAUCACCAUCCCACUCCCAUCGGGUGUUGGUGCACCAGUGAUUGGUGAGAUUGAUGGGGAAUAUCGACACGACAGUCGGCGAAAUACCUUGGAGUGGUGCCUGCCAGUGAUCGAUGCCAAAAAUAAGAGUGGCAGCCUGGAAUUUAGCAUUCCUGGGCAGCCCAAUGACUUCUUCCCUGUUCAAGUUUCCUUCAUCUCCAAAAAGAAUUACUGCAACAUACAGGUUACCAAAGUGACCCAAGUAGAUGGAAACAGCCCCGUCAGGUUUUCCACAGAGACCACUUUCUUAGUGGACAAAUAUGAAAUCCUGUAAUACCAAGAAGGGAGGAAAGCAGAAAAAGAAGGAUUUCAGAUUAAUAAAGAAGAAGCCAAAAGUGGCUGAAGAGUUUUUUCAAAUUUACAAGCCAUUGGAGACCCCUUUUUCCUGAUACAGUGUACAUCCUCUGCGCGCAAGGACCCUCAACUCAUCCCCAGCAUUCUGGUGUCACAAAGACAUUCUUUGACAAAGAAAUGACACUAACAUAAAGGGAAAGGCUGCUGAUUUCUUUGGCAGAUUUUACUGGCCAGCAGGAAAGCAUGCUCUCCAGGGAAUGUCCCUAAACACCUCUUCUGCCUUCAUAUAAGUUUCCUCUUUAUUUUAAUCCCUAAAUAUAGUUAUAUUUCAUACUUCGUUUUAAAACAUUUUCUCUAUAGAUUUGAAUCUUUCAUACCUCUCAAUAUUUUUUUCAGUAUACUCAGUCAUGCACUGGGAUCAUCUCUUUGUAGAUAUUGUGUUUGCCACUCCUAGAACAAGGUUAUCUAACCCAUUCUUGACUUUAGACAGUACCAGUGAACUGCUUAAGGGAUGUAGAGUCUAGAAGUUUGAAAUACAAUGUUGUCUUAUUUUCUCUCCUGUGUCCAUCCAUUGUUCCAUUUCUUUGCCAAGUGGUCCCCUUAUAAGACCUGCCUUUCCAGUUGCAAGCAGUACUGUGAAUCCCACUCGUGUCAAUUAUUAAAGGUAGCUGAAAAGCAGCUCUCCGAUGAACAUACCUUUUCAAGAUGCCUAAUAAGAUGGCUACAUUCAUUUCCACAUGGAAUCAUGUCUGCUGCUAGUACUACACAACUUCCAUUCACCACGUGGGGCAGCACUGUAUUACUGCAUAGUCAUUCAUAGUGUCAUAGUCCACUUAGAUUCCUCAUGUUCAUCUACCCCCUUCUUCCAGAUGUUCUUCCCUUUGUCAGUCUUCUUUCCAGCAGAAGUGAGUGAGGCUACUAAGUCUGUGCCAUUUCCCAUUAGCCCUGAACCAUCGAGGAGACCCCAUCUUCACCAUUAGAGUGGUAGCAUUUUGAGAGGCAAGUGAUUAUAUUGAUAUGUAGAGAGGGGUUACUCAGAUAUAACCCAUUUCCUUUCAUCUAAUCAGACAUUUUUUGACCUACCUAUCUGUCCCUAUUUCUGAAAUCCUUUUUUCCUCCUCUCAGCCUUUUUUGUGUCAUCAUGUAGUAAUUGUUUUUCAGCUGCAUUUGCUCUAUUGCCUUUUUAAUGGAGGCUGAAUCACCCAGUCCCACUAAGCAUUGCACUGGGUGGGUGGAUGAUGAUUGCUGUAAGGCUAUGGGAAGCAGAAAAUGACAGUAGAUGACCUCCACACUCUCAGGUGGCUGGAGAGCAGGGCUCUCAUUCUGAACAGCUGGCCCUCCAUGGCAAGAGUAUGCUAUCCAUGAAGUAGAGUAGUCACACAAAAAGUGGCUGUGGCUAGAUGGCUUGCCAAAGAAAGUUCUGGCCUUUCCCUUUCCCCUAAACUGCAUCAGGGAAGAAUCCUUAUCUCCAGCUUGGUUUUUAUGUGAGGUUUUCUGAGAAAGGGGACUGGGAUAAGAAGUCUGUCAUGUAGUUAAGUAGACAAGAAAUCUUAUUAAUCCAGUUGUAUUUCAGAGUUGUUUGUCCCUAUGAUUUUUAAAGUCAAGUUUAAUUUCACAAAGACUUUUUUCUGAAAUUACUUUUGGGGUAAUAUUUAAAAUGAGAGACAUUUUGUAACCCUGUAAAAUACAUAGGGAAUAUAACAUUCCAAUGUACACAACGAAGGCAAAUUCUUUAAUCAAAUAAAAGAGUAUUAUAAAAGGA